GCCCCCAGCUGCGGCUGCGCCCCUCCCCGCUAACCUAGCCUCGCGCCGGUCUCCUCGCGCCCCGCGCCCGGCCCCGCGAGUUUCGCGUCUCCUCCGGGCCCAGCGCCGGCUUCUGCUGUCGCCAUGACGGCGGCCGUGUUCUUCGGCUGCACCUUCAUUGCCUUCGGGCCUGCGCUUGCCCUCUACAUCUUCACCAUCGCUUCCGACCCGUUACGCGUCAUCUUCCUCAUCGCCGGAGCUUUCUUCUGGCUAGUGUCUCUCCUGCUUUCGUCCCUGAUUUGGGUCAUAGCAAGACUCAUUACUGACAGCAAAGAGGGACCCAAACAGAAAUAUCUGCUCAUCUUCGGAGUGUUGCUCUCAGUCCUUAUCCAAGAAACGUUCCGGUUUGCAUAUUAUAGGCUUAUCAAAAAAGCCAGUGAAGGUUUGAAGAGUAUCAACCCAGAUGACACAGUGCCCUCCAUGCGACUGCUGGCCUAUGUUUCUGGCUUGGGCUUUGGAAUCAUGAGUGGAGUAUUUUCCUUUGUGAAUACCCUGUCGGACUCCUUGGGGCCAGGCACAGUGGGCAUUCAUGGAGAUUCUCCUCAGUUCUUCCUUAAUUCAGCUUUCAUGACGCUGGUUGUCGUGCUGCUGCACGUGUUCUGGGGCGUUGUGUUUUUUGACGGCUGUGAGAAGAAGAAGUGGUACAUCAUUCUUAUAGUUUUCCUGACUCAUCUGCUGGUGUCAGCCCAGGUGGGGGAUGCUGCCGCAAUCCAGAACUCCAUCCCGGUCUUCCACCUAGGCUGUGGGAACUUAACCAUGUGAGUCGUCAUUGCUGCCCGCCCAAGGUCUGCUUGAACAAGAAGCUGGAAUUGGGAGCUGGAACUGGGAUUCAAACCCAAGCACUCCAACAUGGGAUGUGGGCAUUUCAAUCAGUACCUCAACCACUAGACUAAAUGCCCACCCCUACUUCCAUUUUCUUGUUUUUGCUCCAAUAGGCCUGUUCAAUGUCAUUUCCUUUUUGAGGUCUUUCCUGAAUCUAUUAUACUCAGAAAAGUGAGUGGCUUUCUCUGCUGUGAUCCCAUACACUUUUUUUUUUUUUAAUUAAGGAAUCAUUUACAUUCAACAAAAUGAACAGCUUCAAAUUGUACAGUUGGAUGAGUUUUGACAAAUGUGUACACUGUAUAACUUCAAUCCCAAUCAAUAAAUAGAAUAUUUCCUUCCCCCUUGGUUGUUCCCUCGUGUUCCUUUUCAGUCAGCCCACACUGCCUUCCACAGAGGCCACUGCUAGUUCCCACCUCUGUCAUCAGAGGUUGAUUUUGCUUGCUUCAGACCUUUAUAGAAUAGGAUAACAUGAUGCACACGUUUGUGUCUGGCUUCUGUCUCUUAACAUAAUUUUCUGAGAUUUGUCCCAUUUUUGUGUAUAUUAAUAGCUUGUAACUUUUCAUUGCUGAAUAAUAUUACAUUUUAUGGAUAAACAAUAGUUUGGCUAGCUAUUCUUCCAUUGAUAGACACAUGGCAUUCCCUACAUGCUUCUGUCCUAUAUGUUAUGGUUAGUGGCUUCCUGGGAGCUCACUGAAUAAAGGGAUCCUGUCUAUAUCCUGCUUCAGUCCCCUCCCUUUAGCAAAUAGUAGUUGUUUAUUAAAUAUUUGCUUAUGAAUGAAGCAGCAUGACAAAGUCAGUUGUUAAUUACUUUGAAGGCAGUUUAAUCCAGAUUUCACUCAGUGGUUCAGAGGGUGUAACAAGCUCCUUAAACCACGCUUGUUAAUAACUGCGUAGUCCUCCAUGGAAAGGAUAUACCAUAUUCAGGGAAACUUUCCUCAUGUUUCUAUGGGUGUGGUUGGGAAGGAGAGACCCUAACAUGUGUGAGAUCUGUUGGAUGCCUAGGUAGCUCAGGAAACAGGUUUCAGCAGAUGAGCUAAUUAGUGACAUUAUCCACCUUGCCAGAAUAGUGUAUGCUCCUUCCAGAGAAUGCUGGUUCACUGUGUCAUCACCAGCACAGAGCUGCUGUAGAUGUCCCGGUCUGCCCUUGAACCCAUGAGCCCUGUGCUCUUUGUCUUCAUUGUGUGUAAUAAAAUAAGAAUAUUUGAAAUGAGUGAACUCAAGUAGAAAGAAUGACUUUGACUUACACUGUCAGUGUUAUGGCUGAUCAUUUGAGCAGAGAUCACAUCCCUUCCCCACCCAUAAGGAAAGUCUUAGAGAAGUGUGUGUCCACCCUGGCCAGGCUUUGCCUUCUGAAUGGGCCACAUGGAGAUGCCGGGAUGAAACCAGGCAUCACUGGCUCUGUGAGGUUUUGUUGUGUUUUGUUUACAGAUUUAUGGAGGUGUCAUGGGUAACAAGAUAAAUGGCACAUAUUUAAAGUGUAAAACAUGAACAGUUUUGACAUGUGGAAGCCAUCACCGCAGGCAGGAGUUUAAUGAACACAGCCAUCACCUCAACCGUGACCCAUCUGUCUUUGUCCUCUCUCCACCCCCAAUCUCAUUCAUCUCUAGGCAACCAUGGAUCUGUUUUCUGUCAUGACGGUUUGCUUUGCAUUUUUAAGAAUUUUUCAUUUUAUUUUUUUGUGUGAAGAAUUUUUCACUUUAUUUUGUGAAGAAUUUUUCAUUUUAAAAGGAACAUAUACAUGAGCAUUUUCCAGAAAGCAUGUGGGAAAAUGAGUUUAUUUUGGUGCAAAAAAAAAUUUGUAGAAAUCCCUGUGAAGGUUUUUCACUCAACAGGUUCCCAUGAACUCUUUUUUUUUUUUUUUUUUUGCCAGGCAGAGUGGACAGUGAGAGAGAGAGAGACAGAGAGGAAGGUCUUCCUUUUGCCGUUGGUUCACCCUCCAAUGGCUGCCACGGCCGGUGCGCUGCGGCGGGCGCACCGCGCUGAUCCGAUGGCAGGAGCCAGGUACUUAUCCUAGUCUCCCAUGGGGUGCAGGCCCAAGCACUUGGGCCAUCCUCCACUGCCUUCCCGGGCCACAGCAGAGAGCUGGCCUGGGAGAGGGGCAACCGGGACAGAAUCCGGCGCCCUGACCGGGACUAGAACCCGGUGCGGCAAGGCGGAGGAUUAGCCUAGUGAGCCGCGGCGCCGGCCCCAUGAACGCUUUGAAGCUCCCUCAUCUAUUUGCUGUGUGUGUGUAUCUGUGUGUAUUCCUUUUCUGCAGUUCAGCCUUAGGAAAAGAAAAAUCUCAGUGAAUGUGUUUCUGGGAAUUUAGUUUGCUGAAUGAAAAGGGGCCAGUAACGUCCCAGGAACUGAGCCCACUCCUCUGUCCGACUGCCUUUGGCAAUCCUUGUCCACCCUUUUCCAGAGCCCAGGUCAGAGUUUGAUGCCACCAAGCAGAUUGGAGGUGGGAGGUUCUUGUUGACUUCCUGGAAAUCAUCAGCGUGAACGCUUUUAGUGCCUUUAGCAUCUAGGGUUUUAUGAGGUUCCUGCACAGCUGGCAUGAGGGUAGUAAAUUCUCUGACGAGGUGUUUCCAUGACACUGGGCCAUGGAAUGUGGGUGGUCUUCGCGCUGUAGGAACUUGGCUGAGCUGCUGGCCAGAGCCCUUGUUUCCUGCAGAAGAUUCAGGGGCCGGGGCUGCUGGGCCAUGGAGUGCAAGGUGCAUGGGAGUAGUCGCACAGGUGCGUAACUGGCGUUACUGAAUCUCUGCUUGACCUCCCGUCAGAAGGAUACCCUGACCCUGUGGCAGUAAUUUUUUAUGGUGAAUUAUUCAGCCCUGCAGAAUGCUCUGGCUCUCACCUCUGCCCUGUCACUCUGUAAUGCAGGGGUGUGGGCAGUGUGCAGUCUCCUCUACGGUGUCGCCUCACAGCUUCCUCUCACACCCCGCAGCAGCUCAGCCCUAGCCUGAGGACCACGUGCCCCCUGCCAGGCGGUUUGCAGUGUGGAUGGCGACACUGAGGCGCCCUGCCCUGCAGGGUGUGGACAAUCUGGGGCCACGCCACCACUUCCCAGAAGGCAGGGACCUUCUCUCUACACUUCGAAGGGAGGCCACUAGUUGUAAGGUGAGGGGGCAGGCAGAGCUGACAGUGCUGGCACCGGCUUGGGUUUCAGACCUGCUGAUUUUGCCAGAACAGAGCCCCAUCAGGAGGGAAUCCUACGGCUCCAAGGAGAAAGAAAAGUGUGUGUGUGUGUGUGUGUGUGUGUGUGUGUGUGUAUGUGUGUGUGUGUAUACCCAGCACCUGGCAAGGUCUUUCUGUGGGUAACACCUGCUCAUAUGCCUCCAGCCCAGCACUGGAAGCCCCAGGCCCAUUACCUCUGGGUGCUUGGACUUGGGGUGGCACAAGGUGGGAGGCUGAGAAGCCCCACAGCAGCUGCAGGGGGAAGAGGCAGGAAGAGACCAGGGGUCCCAGGUCCUCUGGCCCGUUCAUGCUGGCUUGUUUGCUCUUCUGCCCUCUGCCUCCCUCCUGCCCUGCUUCUCUCAUGCUCUGUCUCCCAAUCUUCAUUCCUCGUCACUCAGCCUUUUCUUCCGGGGUUUUACUGAUGUGGGAAAGCCCUCCAGGCUGACCCCUCCCACUGGGUAUCUCAUGGUGCGCCACAUCUACCUGGUCUGCUACGGUGGCCGGUGGCCGGUGGCCGUCAGCCACAUGUGGCUAAGGAGCGCUUGGAAUGUGGGGGGUGAAACUGAGAAACUCAAUCUGUUUUGUUUUAAUACAUUUAAAUUUCAAAGCUGAUAAUUUAUUCGGUUAUUUGGAAAACUUGAAGUUUGUUUGGAACAACUUGGAUAUGCAAAGCUGCUUUUUCAACUCUUAGCUUUAUGAAAUCUAAAUACAGAUAAAAUAUUUACAAGGAAACUUUAGCAUCUGAAUUAAGAUGUAUUGUAAGUGUAAAAUACACACCAGAUUUCAAAGAUUUACUGUGGAAAAGCUAAAAUGUUACACAUUAAAAUUCUGAUAACAUGCUGAAAUUACAGUAUUUUAGAUCCAGUCAGUUAUAUGAAAUAUAUUAAAGUGACAUCACUGGUUUA